CAUUUUUUUAUAUGCAAAAUAUAUAUUUCUUAUUCAUUCCUUUUUUAUCAAUCAUUAUUGGCGGUGGUCGUUGUCGAAUAGCAGCAGCAUAAACAUUUCAUUAAUUAUUUUUUUAUAAUUUUGUUUUUUUUAAAAAAAAGAAAAAAUGUCAUCAACAAAUGGAUCAACAUUAAAAACGAAUGGUCAACUUCAUGAUGAAAGAAUUGCUAUUCUUGAUUGUGGUGCUCAAUAUGGAAAAUUAAUUGAUCGAAAAGUUCGUGAAUUGAAUGUAGAAUCACAUAUACUUCCAUUGCAAACACCGGCUAAAGUUUUGUUGGAGAAACAAUACAAGGCUAUAAUAAUUUCUGGUGGACCAGGAUCCGUAUUCUCUGAUCAAGCUUUGCCUUAUGAUCCAGAAAUAUUUCGUGUUGGAUUGCCCGUAUUGGGUAUCUGUUAUGGAAUGCAAAUGCUAAAUAAAGAAUUUGGUGGCUCAGUUUUACGCAAAGAUGCUCGAGAAGAUGGACAAUUUACCAUUUCUGUGGAUAAUACUAAUCCAUUGUUUAGUAAUCUGACGCCAAAGCAAGAUGUCUUAUUGACACAUGGUGAUUCUUUAUCGGUGGUUGCAAAAGAUUUUAAAGUGAUAGCUACUUCCAAUAAUAUCAUUGUAGCCAUCGCUAACGAUAUGAUGAAACUUUAUGGUGUUCAAUUCCAUCCUGAAGUAACUCUUUCCACUAAUGGUAAUGCAAUGUUGAAGAAUUUUCUCUACAAUAUUGCCGGCUUGAAGGGAACAUUUACAAUGCGAUCAAGAGAAUCUGAAUGCAUUGAAUAUAUUCGUAAAGUUGUCGGCAACAAUAAAGUCCUGAAUCUUGUUAGUGGUGGUGUUGAUUCAUCUGUAUGUGCAGCGUUACUUCGUAAAGCACUUAAUCCUGAUCAAGUUAUUGCAAUUCAUAUUGACAAUGGAUUUAUGCGCAAAAACGAAAGUCGCCUUGUUGAAGAAUCGCUUAAAAAAGUUGGCCUUGAUAUGAAAAUCAUCAAUGCUGCAUUAACCUUCUACAAUGCCACCACAGUGAUUUCAUUGUCAAAAGAAGAGCCUGACAAGAAAUAUGUCACUAAACCAUUGAGUUUAGUUACAUCACCCGAAGAGAAGAGAAAAAUUAUUGGCGAUACAUUUAUAAGAAUAGCAGAUGAUAUCAUUCGUGAUCUAAAACUUGAUCCGAACGAUGUUCUUCUUGGCCAAGGAACAUUAAGGCCUGAUCUGAUUGAAAGUGCAUCUUCAUUGGCCAGCUCAAAAGCAGAUGCCAUAAAAACUCAUCAUAAUGAUACUGAAUUGGUUAGAAAGCUACGCGAUGAAGGUCGUGUAGUUGAACCAUUAAAAGAUUUUCAUAAAGAUGAAGUUCGUAUACUUGGUCGUGAUUUGGGCCUAUCUGACGAGCUUGUUAAUCGUCAUCCAUUUCCUGGACCUGGUUUGGCUGUUCGUAUAUUGUGCGCCGAUGAGCCUUAUAUGGAAAAAGAUUAUUCUGAAACAUCGGUUCUUCUUAAAGUGAUCGUCAGCUAUGCGACCUCUUUACAAAGGAAACACUCGAUGAUAAGUAAAAUUCAUAGCAGCUGUGAGGAAGAUGAUCGCGAAUUUUUAGAAAAAUUUUCCACCAAAUAUAAAUUUGUUGCCAGCUUAUUACCAAUCAAAUCAGUUGGUGUUCAAGGUGAUUGUCGUUCAUAUAGCUAUGUCGUUGGCCUAUCUGAAGAUGCUUCACCAAAUGAAGACGAAGCAACUAUAGCAGAUAAAUUUCAACAAUUGGCACGGCUUGCAAAAUUGAUACCUCGUAUUUGUCAUAAUGUCAAUCGUGUUUGUUAUAUUUUCGGCGAAUCGGUAAAAUCUCCAGUGGUGAACAUUACUCAAACAACGUUGACGCCAACUGUGAUCGCCCAGUUACGUGAAGCGGACCACGUAGCUAAUAAUAUAAUGUUUGCACAUAACAUGGGCCAUAAAGUUUCGCAAAUGCCAGUUAUACUCAUACCGAUACAUUUUGAUCGUGAAGUUAUAACACGACAGCAAUCCUAUCAACGUUCAGUAGUCAUACGAACUUUUCUAACUGAAGAUUUUAUGACCGGCGUUCCAGUUAUUCCAAAUAAGCAAAUACCGUUUGCCGUGUUUAAUGAAAUGGCCGAAACUAUUAAACAAAUACCUGGUAUUUCACGUGUUCUAUACGAUCUGACACCGAAACCACCAGGAACAACCGAAUGGGAAUAAUAAAAACAGCCCAAAAUGUGUUUGAAAAAAAUGUCACCUCAAUCAUAUACAAAAAACCGACAAAAA